AUGAGGGAGCUCCCCCCGCCACCGAUAUCAAAGGAUCCGCCUCGGCCGGCGACGGCGGCAACCACAGCGACUGCAUCGAGCAUGGAAUCGAAACGGGCGAUCAAGUACGGCACGGGGAGGCACGCAAACACCGAGCUCUCUCCGCAGCCCAGCGAAAAGCCAGAGGAUCCUUUAAAUUGGCCGUUGUGGAAGAAACAUCUAAAUUUGCUCGCGCUAUUAUCCAUGGUUGCGCUUGUUGGGGUGAUGAAGACGGCGUACAUCAGCGUAAAUGGAAUCAUCGCGAUGAGCGAGGACGUCUCGUACACAGCCGCAGUCGCCCUGACCGGCGCGCCGUUGAUACUGUCUGCGGUGACCGGGAUGUUAUCCAUGGUAGUAGCGAAAAUAUGGGGGAAGCGACCCGUAUAUCUAGUUUCGAUGGUACUGAUAUUCUGGGGAGUAACUUGGAACACGCACGUAAGGGGGAAUCUGGGGCAGAACAUGGCAGCGAGGGUAUUCCAGGGAUUGGGAUGGGGGGCCUUCGACACCUUAGUCCUGGGGUCUAUCCAGGAUACAUAUUUCGAACACGAACGGCAAUACGUAAUUGUGGCCCACCACGCCGUGAGCCUCCUCACGAUGCUGGGCUCUCCCCUGCUAGGCGGCGUCGCCUCCGCCGGUCCCAGAAGCUUCGAGGUGCAAUUCGAAAUCAUGAGCGCCUUCUUAUCCGUUUCCGUUUUAUUAAUAAUAUUCGCGGCCCCGGAGACCGCCUACGAUCGUGUGUUAGAACCCGAGGGGCAAAGUCCCACCAUAAGCCGCUCGCAAGCCCUCGUGCCGGUUGUGACGUACACCAAGGAGGCCGCUCUGGAAUACCUGGCCACCAUGAAGCCUUGGUCGUAUCAGGCGAGCGAGAUAAAUAUGCGGCUGAUCUUACAAGCGCCUCGUGCGUUAGUCGCCCCGACGAACGGCCUCCUCUUCGCCGUAACCAUUCUGCCCCACGCCGGUCUCUGGGGGUUGGCAGGUUCGCUAUCGCUCCUCUUUACGCCUCUUCCCUUUCUCCUAUCGUCGUCAUCCCUCGGCGCCUUGAUGACAGGCCCGUUCAUCGUUGCUGCUCCCGUCGGCAUCGCGCUCUCUCUGCCCAUAGCGCAGAGGUAUUUCAGGACGACUGUCCACCUCGGCACCCUCGCCGUCGGCGGUGCCCUAGCCUCCGUCGGCCUACUCGGAUUCGGGCUGUACCUCGCAGCGGCGAUGGAGAUGCCGACCGACGGCUCGGCCGGGCCGUCGAGCACGCCGUGGGAUCUCGGGUUCUUAGGCGACCGCGUCAGCCUACCGGUAGCGUCGUUCCUGUUAGGCCUGCUCGCAGCCGGGUCGCUCGCUCUCGACGCGACGACGAGACCCGUCAUCCAGCGAUCGACAGCCUUCACGUCGGCGAACCUAGCCGCCAGUCUGCGCAGCACGGCGGACAUGCAUGGCGGGCUGGCGUGCCUGCGCAGCCUCGUAGUGGGCGCAUUUGUGCUUGGCCUGCCGAGCGCCAUCGUCGCGUGGGACGGACUCAAGUCGGUCGCGCUGGGGAUGGGCGUAACGCAGAUCUUCGUCAUCGCGGCGGUCGCCGCCGUGUACUGGUACUGGGACGAGAACGUGCGACGCCUCGACGGGCUGGUCAUGGGUCUCGUGGACCUAGACGAGCUGAAGCGCCCGUCGAGCUUUUUCGAUGCGGACUGA